UUCUGGCGAAAAAUGUGCGGUCGGAAGUUUGCAUCCCAGUGAAAAGUGAUUAUUGUCUGAAAACUAUAAGCCAAAAGUGAUCGAAAGGCGUCACAUUCGCGUGGUGGCCUUGGCGGAAAUCAGUUUUGCUAGUGUUGAAUUAAAAUACCCGACUAUCGAUUCAAGAUGAACAGUGUUACGGUGGACGAUUUGCGCCGGCUGCCGGAGACCAUCAGCUUUCCGAACGAGGAGGAAAAGGUUCUGGACUAUUGGAAGAAGGAAAAGGUCUUUGAGGCCUGUUUGAAGCAAUCCAAGGGGAAGCCGAGAUACACUUUUUACGAUGGUCCUCCGUUUGCGACCGGGUUGCCCCAUUACGGUCAUAUCCUGGCCGGAACGGUGAAGGACAUUGUGACCCGAUACGCGCACCAGCAGGGAUACCAUGUGGAGCGCCGGUUCGGUUGGGAUUGCCACGGGCUGCCGGUCGAGUACGAAAUCGACAAGACGCUGAACAUUCGCGGCCCGGAAGAUGUGGCCAAGAUGGGCAUCAAGGCGUACAACAACGAGUGCCGGAAGAUUGUGAUGCGCUAUGCAAACGAGUGGGAACAGAUUGUCGGUCGGAUGGGACGGUGGAUUGAUUUCAAGAAUGACUACAAGACGCUCUAUCCGUGGUAUAUGGAAUCGAUCUGGUGGGUGUUCAAGCAGCUGUAUGUGAAAGGAUUGGUCUACCAGGGAGUCAAGGUGAUGCCAUACUCAACGGCUUGUACGACGUCGUUGUCGAAUUUCGAAUCGGGCCAGAACUACAAGGAGGUGACGGAUCCGGCCGUGUUUGUGUCGUUCCCGAUUGUGGGCGAUAAGGAUAAUGCUGCCCUGGUGGGUUGGACGACCACUCCGUGGACCUUGCCGUCCAAUAUGGCGUGCUGUGUCAACCCGGAGUUGACCUACGCUCGUGUGAAAGAACUUAAAUCCGGCAAAGUCUACAUCAUGAUGGAAUGCCGUAUCGAAUCGAUGUUUAAGGGACCGGAGAACUACGAAAUUUUGGAUCGUUUCCCCGGUAGCAAACUGGGAGGGCUCAAAUACGAACCCUUGUUUGAUUACUUCCACAAGUACGAAAAAGUUGGUUUCCGGGUGCUGCUGGAUGGUUAUGUUACCGAAGAUUCCGGUACCGGUGUGGUUCACCAGGCGCCGUACUUUGGCGAGGACGAUUACCGCGUUUGUUUGGCCAAUGGAGUAAUCACCCGAGACCAGGAGAUCGUUUGUCCGGUUGAUCCGAGCGGCAAGUUUAUGGAUCCGGUUACGGACUUCAAGGGUCAGUACGUGAAAGAUGCCGACAAGAACAUCAUCAAGAUGAUUAAGGAAAAGGGUCGCCUGGUCCUGGCUAGUCAAGUCAAGCACAACUAUCCUUUCUGUUGGCGAUCGGAUACGCCGUUGAUCUAUAAGGCCGUCCCUUCGUGGUUCGUUCGCGUGGAGCAUAUGACCAAACAGUUGCUGAAUUGCAGUUCGCAAACCUACUGGGUCCCGGAGUACGUCAAGGAAAAACGAUUCGGAAACUGGUUACGUGAUGCUCGUGAUUGGGCCAUUAGUCGCAAUCGUUACUGGGGAACACCGAUUCCACUUUGGAUUUCUCCUGAUGGCCAGGAAGUUGUGUGCAUCGGAAGCAUUGAAGAGCUGGAAAAGUACUCCGGUGUGCGAGUGAACGAUCUUCAUCGAGAAAGUAUCGAUCACAUCGAAAUCCCAUCGGCUGUGCCGGGAAAUCCUCCGCUGCGACGAAUUCCGGAAGUGUUUGACUGUUGGUUCGAGUCCGGUUCGAUGCCGUUCGCCCAGAACCACUAUCCGUUUGAGAACGCAGCGGAUUUCCUGAGCAACAGCUUCCCGGCUGACUUCAUUGCCGAAGGUAUCGAUCAGACGCGUGGCUGGUUCUACACGUUGUUGGUCAUUUCGACGGCCCUGUUCAACAAGCCCCCGUUCAAGAAUCUGAACUGCACCGGGCUGGUGUUGGCUGGGGACGGGCAGAAGAUGAGCAAGCGUAAGAAGAACUACCCGGAUCCGAUGGAGGUGGUCCACAAGUACGGAGCGGAUGCGCUGCGGCUGUACUUGAUCAACUCGCCCGUGGUUCGGGCGGAAAAUUUGAGGUUCAAGGAGGAAGGCGUCAAGGAUAUCAUCAAGGAUGUCUUUUUGCCGUGGUACAACGCAUUCCGCUUCCUGCUGCAGAACAUCGAUCGCUUCGAGAAGGAAGAGAAAGUCGUCUAUCGCUACGAUGCGGUGCGCCACGCUGAAAACCGCUCCACCAACGUGAUGGACGUCUGGAUUACGUCUUUCAAGGAAUCGCUGCUCGACUUUGUCACCAAGGAAAUGAAGGCCUAUCAUCUGUACACGGUGGUACCGCGGUUGACCAAGUUUAUCGAUCAGCUGACCAAUUGGUACGUCCGGAUGAACCGCAAGCGUAUCAAGGGCGAAUUUGGUAUCGAAGAUUGCUACCACGCGCUGGACACCUUGUAUGACGUUCUGUUGGCGAUGGUGAAGAUGAUGGCUCCGUUUACGCCGUAUUUGACGGAAUAUAUGUUCCAGCGGUUGAGACUGCUGAACAAGGAGCAGAUUGAAGGUAGCGUCCACUUCCAGAUGAUGCCGGAGUCGAACAAGAAGUACAUAAAUCUUCCUAUUGAACGCGCUGUUUCGAGGAUGCAAGCUGUCGUAGAACUGGGCCGCGUGAUGCGAGAUCGUAGAACCGUUCCAAUCAAAUACCCCUUGACGGAGGUUAUCGUUAUCCACCAAAGCAAGGAGUAUUUGGAUGACAUUAAAUCGUUGGAAAACUUCAUUUUGGAUGAGCUGAAUGUGCGGAAGAUAACCAUGAGCUCGGAUAAGCAAAAGUAUGGUGUUAAGCUGCGAGCUGAACCGGAUCAUAAGGUUUUGGGAAUACGAUUGAAGAAUGAUUUCAAGCAGGUCAUUCAAGCGGUGAAAGCACUAACCGACGAGCAGAUCAGCGAGCAAGUGAAGAUGGGCCAUUUCACGGUGCUGGGACAUCGUAUCGAACUGAACGAACUCCGAUUGAUCUAUCAAUUUGAUGAGAACCAAUCGGGAGGGCAUAACUAUGAAGCUCACAGUGAUAACGACGUGCUCGUUCUGCUCGACAUGACUCCGAACGAGGAACUCAUGAAGGAAGGCGUUGCUCGUGAAAUUAUCAACCGUAUUCAGAAGUUGAAAAAGAAGGCUAAACUGAUCCCAACGGAUCCGGUUCUUAUCUACUAUACUGUCAGCAAAGAUGGCGAAAUUAAGAGCGUAGCGGAAAGUCACCAGGAGUUCAUUGUGAACACCGUUAAGUCACCGUUCGUUCCGUACGGACCGGAGGCUGCUGCGAAGCAAGUGUUGAUUGAAGAAUCCCAGGAAUUGAAGGGAGUUCAACUGAAUAUUGUAAUCUGUUCACCGAAGGAUCGGUCAAUUCCUGCCAGUCCUUGGAUGAAUUUGGUCCUGGACGAAAGGAUCACCCCUCGCUAUCAACCGAAGCCGUCUCGAGAGGCAACCGUGCUUCUGACCAACGUUAAGGGUGACCUCCUCAACAUGGAUCAAUUGAACCAGGAGAUCCACUCGUUGUUUGGCUUGAACGAUCAGUCCUAUCGGCUUCUGAGCGCCGAUGGCAAGCAACUCGAAAAGGUAGAUCUCGGGCUAAGCCAGCAAACCGUCUUCAUUACCCACGAAGCCACUCUGCCCAACGGAUGGAAACCGGCAAAAGCGCCCAGCUGUGCCUUUAGAAAUGUGGAGUACAAGGGCCGCAAAACGACCGUGCUCGAGGAGAACCCCGUCGGAGUAAAGCUGGACGUGGAACAGGUUAUGAAGCGUUUUUUCCCUGAUUCCAAGCAGUUAAAGGUGAACUAAAAAGUGCAUUGUUUUUCUUUUUUUUUUUCUUUUUGCUAUUUGAAUCGAAGCAAAGCUAUUAUAGUAACAGUUGUGAACUGAUUUGACUUUUGGCGUACAUAGUCGGUAGAGGAAGACAUUUGAAAAUUCUUAAUUUUUUGGUAAAAUAUAAGAACCCUAUUCCCA